AUCCCUGCUCUCGCUCUCGGAGCUCGGCAGUCUCACUGGGGCGCUGCAGCGCGGGAGCUUCAGGCUCAUCAAAACCGGGACCGCUGCGGAAGCCAGGGCAGGGUCGCCAUGAAUGGCUCGGGCAGCCUGGGGGCCGAGGACACGAGCCAGGAAGUCAGCGGCGGCGGCUGGCAGCCCGAGGCGGUCCUCGUGCCCUUGCUUUUCGCGCUCAUCUUCCUCGUGGGCACCGUGGGCAACGCGCUGGUGCUGGCUGUGCUGCUGCGCGGCGGCCAGGCGGUCAGCACCACCAACCUGUUCAUCCUCAACCUGGGCGUGGCCGACCUGUGCUUCAUCCUGUGCUGCGUGCCUUUCCAGGCCACCAUCUACACCCUGGACGGCUGGGUGUUCGGCUCACUGCUCUGCAAGGCCGUUCAUUUCCUCAUCUUCCUCACCAUGCACGCCAGCAGCUUCACCCUGGCCGCGGUCUCCCUGGACAGGUAUCUGGCCAUCCGCUACCCGCUGCAUUCCCGCGAGCUGCGCACACCUCGAAACGCGCUGGCGGCCAUCGGGCUCAUCUGGGGGCUCUCACUGCUCUUCUCCGGGCCCUACUUGAGCUACUACCGUCAGUCACAGCUGGCCAACCUGACCGUGUGCCACCCAGCAUGGAGCGCGCCUCGGCGCCGCGCCAUGGACCUCUGCACCUUUGUCUUCAGCUACCUGUUGCCUGUGCUCGUCCUCAGCCUGACCUACGCACGUACCCUGCGCUACCUCUGGCGCACAGUCGACCCAGUGGCUGCAGGCUCGGGCUCCCAGCGCGCCAAACGCAAGGUGACACGCAUGAUCGUCAUCGUCGCCGCGCUCUUCUGCCUGUGUUGGAUGCCCCACCACGCGCUUAUCCUCUGCGUGUGGUUUGGUCGCUUCCCGCUCACGCGCGCCACUUACGUGCUGCGCAUCCUUUCACACCUAGUUUCUUAUGCCAACUCGUGUGUCAACCCCAUCGUUUACGCGCUGGUCUCUAAGCAUUUCCGUAAGGGUUUCCGCAAAAUCUGCGCAGACCUGCUGUGCCGCGCCCCGAGGCGAGCCUCAGGCCGAGUGUGCGUCGUGGCGCCUGGCAACCCUAGCGGCAGUGUGCUGGAACGCGAGUCCACAGACCUGACACACGUGAGCGAGGCAGCACCUGGACUUCCCAACUGCACAGCCUCGAGUAGAGCCCUUGAUCCUGUGGGUUAAAGGAUCAAAAACUGCACAGAUUGCUAGUCAUGUGACAUAAGCCUUCAAUCCCAGCACUCGGGAAGUUGAAGGAACAGGAGCAAAGCCAGCCUGGAGUUUGAAUCCCCCUUGGACUACACGAGAUACUGUCUGAACAAUAAUAAAAUUC